UGAAGAAUAUAAGAAAGAAAACAAGUUGCGGUCGUAUAUUAUUAUUAUUAUUGUCUUAUUAUUAUAUUCAUAUUUGUAUCCUAUCGCUAAAAGAGGAGACAAUUAGGUCACUCCCAGCGGUGACGUCGUGAAAGUCGGAUAGGAGUGAGCAUUCGACGUCGCCUGUCAAACAUUAGCAUCACAGCCAACAUGGCGGACUGGGACGCUGACAACUUCGAACCGGAGGAGCCGACUCAAAAGGCGGCACAGCAGGACAAGUGGGAAGGCGAAGACGAAGACGACGAGGUUAAAGACAACUGGGACGAUGAGGAAGAGGAGGACAAAAAAGGCGAAGCUGACCAAUCUGACGUUCCAAAGGUGUCUGAAAAGAAAAAGUUGAGUGAGAAGAUUAAAGAGAAAGAAAACCGUUUCAGGAAAAGACAACAGGAACUAAAAGAAAAAGAAUCGGAAGUUCAGCAAGAUAAUCUUAGCCCGGAAGACCAACUUGCAGAAAAGUUAAGGGUGCAGAAGCUGCAGCAAGAUGCCGACUUGGAGUUGGCAAAAGAUGCCUUCGGAGUCGGAAGCUCUUCAGUAGCUGGAAUCGAUGCAAUGUGUCCAUCUUCCAAAGAGGACUUCACAGAGUUUGAGAAACUGCUGAAAGAAAAGCUAUCCCAGUUUGAAAAAUCAGUGCAUUAUUCCAGCUUCUUGGAUUCCUUGUUUCGGGAGCUCUGUAUCGCACUGGAAGUGGACGACUUGAAGAAAAUCAGUAAUUCCCUUUCGGUUCUACUUAGUGAAAAACAGAAACAAGAAAAGCAAAACAAAGGCAAGAAAAAGAAGAAAGGCGUCCUACCCGGCGGCGGUUUAAAAGCACAGAUGAGAGACGACCUGGACUAUGGCGGCUUUGACGGCGGCUACGCCCAGGAGUACGAGGACUUCAUGUGACACAGGCUACACGGCCACGUCACGCCCCCCCCAACAAACCCCAACCCCCCCUCUUUUUCCAACCCUGAGUGAUGCAGCUCUACCUUCUUAUGCUGUCCGGUGCCAUCCUGGAGGAUCAGAACUUUGUGUUGCCCCCCCCUCUUUUCAUCAUGCUUCAGUGACUUCAGGGACUGUACUGGAAGCAUCCGGUCUCACCUUCUUCUCUCUUUAUGUUUAAACAUAUGGAAUUGCCUUCUCUCUCUCUCUUUCUCUCGCUCUCUCUCUCAUCACGCAUCUUGGACUCAAACGCACAUUCGCAUCAUCAUCAUCAAGUUUAUCUGUUCGCUAACUCGCUUCCCGUUGUCUCCUUUCCAGGGCUCAUUCGGAAUGAAAUGGCGCUCCGGUUCGGGAAUAGCAGACGCCGUCGCAGUUAAACACACACACACACACACACAUGUAGGGGACAUAGAAACAGAAGGUUCUAUGCAAAUUCUUAAAAAAGCAGAAUGUCAUGUGUAUAUAUAUAUUUUAGGUCUCACUCGUAAAUGGUUUUCUCUUACAGUAUAUAGUAUCUAUAAGCGGGUUGCCAAAUACAAAGCAAUUAUUCAAUCUUUAUGAAUGGAGAUAUUUUAUUCCGGGGAAAUGGAAAAAAAAAAAAAAAAACGAUGUUUAUUUUCCCCCAGAAAAGCGCAGGACAUUUUGAAAGAUAAAAGGGAAAAACAAAGUAUAAAUAAUUGACUUAAUAACCACCACAGUUAUUCUUAUCAGUCGGUCUCUGGGAUUGUUUUGGUUUGGGAAAACAAUGGAGGCAAGAGUAUUAUGGUAUUUUUUUUUUUUUUUUUGUGCAUGACAAAAUAUCAUUUAUACUAGCGCGGAAAACAGGAUGCUAGAAAUUGAGUGAACAAAAAAAAAGGUCUCUAAUCACUACAACUGCAGGCUUGUAUCAAGUGUGGCGAGGAAAAAAAGUGGGGGGGAUUGAUUUCCGGGGUCCCCCCGCCCCCCGCAUACCGUGUCUUCAUAUGGGCUACAGCCAUUUUGAGAGCGAUCUGUUUUCUCUUUUUCUAGAAGUUGACCAGUUGCAAUGUUACAUGGAGAAUUGGCUUCUGUGUUGACAUUAAGGCGUCUGCAGUAUUUUAUAAACAUUUAAUUUAAUAAAUCACUGGUCGAAA